UAUCUGGGUUCAUUAAAGCAACCAAAUUUUGUUUUCCGAUGUUAUAAACCUGGAAGUACUUAAUACGUAAUAAAAUGUUAAAAAUAACGCUGGGGUUUUACCAGUUUAGUUUAUAAGCGCGACGAUUGAUAUUACAUUCAGUGUACAAAGCAGAGAAGACGGUAAUUUAAAAUUGAACGAAGUAUUUCGAAAGCUAAACGUAUAUUGUAAACAUUGAGUUUAUCAGUGAUAGAAAUGAGCGGAUUUACAGACAACUUUACGGCUUCUUCCAUAUCAAGAUCUUUUCUAUUUGUUACGGGUGCAACAGACCAUUCUAAUGCCCUUGGACACGAAGCAGAUGGUGAGAAUAGCGCUGUUGUCAUAGAGGAUCGAUUUCAAAGUUAUAAUGAGGUUCGGAAAGAAAUUCUCAAAGACAUAAAGACAUGUAGUUAUAUGAUAGCCAUAGAUUACACAUUGAGCAACAUAUCCCAGGGGCAACAUACGAACGAGGGAAAGAGUUUACAUGACCUCACCGGUGUAAACCCCUACCAGAGGGUCAUUUUAGCACUUGGUGAGACAUUAGAACCAUUUAAAGAAGAAGCUGAUGAAAUACUGAUAGUGGGUUUUGGUGACAAGAAGGUUAAAGACAAAGGCACAUUCAGGCUUUCGCAGGAACGUUGUGAAACAUUUUACGAUGUUUUCAAUGCGUAUAAUGAAGUUACCAAACACAUACAAUUGUCAGGGCCAACCAACUUCGCCCCUGUUAUCUACGAAGCGAUAAACACCGUCAAAAGAACGUUAAAGUACCACAUUUUAAUCAUUGUGGCGGACGGCCAGGUGGUCGAGGAGAAGCUGACCCAUGACGCCAUUAUAGAAGCCUCUCACUACCCACUCUCUAUAGUGGUCAUCGGUGUCGGGGACGGACCCUGGGGCGUGAUGGAAGACUGGGACGACAGAAUCCGGGGAAGGAAGUUCGACAACCUCCAGUUCGUUGAUUAUCACAAGGUCACAAGCAAGGCCAAAAAUCCGGAUGUCGCAUUAGCGCUUGCGGCACUCAUGGAAAUCCCUGAUCAGUACCGAGAAAUCAAAGAGCUCGGUCUAUUGGACAAACUUUAUCAAGAAGUCAAAAUGGAAACCUCUUCUCGAAAGGAUCAUAGUGUGAAUUUGUAAAUUUCUAUCUGGUGGUGUGAACUAGAAUUGCAAGAAACAUUGGUUCUUAUUUGUAUGAAUGUUGCUCACUACUAGAUUGAUUCAGAAACUAAACCUCUUUGGUAGAAGAAGGUACAUGUCAACUCAUCGUAUUAAUUAGUAUGCUACACCGUAUAACUUUCUUUCCGCAUGGGUAGCUAUUGUGCAACACUGUCUGUAGCCAUAUGUAACGCAUCAAAUAAUGAACACAUUCUUUGAUUCUGUUAACACAUUUAUAAUUUUAUAUGAAUAAUAUCAUAUUGGGAUGGAUAUUUGUGAUCUUGCAAUUUUUACUCUAUUGUCAAAUAGAAUAAAGCUACUAUGAACUCACA